GGCAGGUGGGUGCGCGCUGCGCAGCGUCCCGCGCGCAACUUCCAGGGCGCCCUGGGCCCCGAGGCCGCGCGCGGCUUCCCGGGCCCAGCGCAGGGCGCGCGGGGCGGCAUGGAGCCCACGGAGAGGCAGCAUCUGAUGGACGCCAGGCCCGGAGCCCGGUCUUACACUGGAUCUCUGUGGCAGGAGGGGGCCGGCUGGACCCCUCUGCCCGCACCUGGCCUGGACUUGCAGGCUAUUGAGCUAGCCGCUGAGAGCAACCAUUACUGUCAUGCCCAGAAGGGUCCUGGCAGUCACUUUGACUCCAAGAAGGAGCAGGCCCGGCGACAGCUUUAUGUGGCCUCUGCCAUCUGCCUGGUGUUCAUGAUUGGGGAAGUCAUUGGUGGGUAUCUAGCACAUAGCUUGGCAGUCAUGACCGACGCAGCCCACUUGCUCACUGACUUUGCCAGCAUGCUCGUCAGCCUCUUUUCUCUCUGGAUGUCUUCCCGACCGGCCACCAAGACCAUGAACUUCGGCUGGCAGCGAGCUGAGAUCCUGGGAGCCCUGCUGUCUGUACUAUCCAUCUGGGUCGUGACUGGAGUGCUGGUGUUCCUGGCAGUGGAGCGACUGAUCUCUGGGGACUAUGAGGUCGAGGGGGGCACCAUGCUGAUCACAUCAGGUUGUGCUGUGGCUGUGAAUAUCAUAAUGGGGCUGACUCUUCACCAGUCUGGCCACGGGCACAGCCACGACACCAGCCAGCAACAGGAGAACCCCAGUGUCCAAGCUGCCUUUAUCCAUGUGGUUGGAGAUUUUCUGCAGAGCUUAGGCAUCUUGGUGGCAGCCUAUAUUUUAUACUUCAAGCCAGAGUACAAGUAUGUAGACCCCAUCUGCACCUUCCUCUUCUCCAUCCUGGUCUUGGGGACGACCUUGACCAUCCUGAGAGAUGUGAUCCUGGUGCUGAUGGAAGCCCCACGGUGUCCCCUCCCUGCUGGGAUGUGUCCUCCCUGCCUAAUCAGGGACCCCCAAGGGUGUGGACUUCACAGCUGUACGGGAUCUGCUGCUGUCCGUGGAAGGGGUGGAAGCCUUGCACAGCCUGCAUAUUUGGGCACUGACCGUGUCCCAGCCCGUGCUGUCUGUCCACAUCGCCAUCGCUCAGAAUGCAGACGCCCAGGUCGUGCUGAAGGCAGCCAGCACCUGCCUGCAGGGCAAGUUCCACUUCCACACUAUGACCAUCCAGAUUGAAGACUACUCUGAGGACAUGAAGGACUGUCAGGCGUGCCAAGGCCCCUCGGACUGACUGCCUGGCCAGGUGCCAACGGAGCCAUGGCCAGGACCUGCAGGUGGUGGGGCGGAGUGUCCCCCAGGCCCAGCCAGAACGCUGCCUAUCCUGGCCGUGUUAUAAAGCAGGUCCCUCUCCUGACCUCUGCUCUGUGUUCAGUGUGGAGGAACUGUUUCCUGCCUCCCCCAUCUGACUACAGCCAGUUUAAGGAUGAAGACGGCAAGUGUAAAGCUACUAUGACCCAGCCCUUCCAGCUUCUGGAUUGGUGCCUAGCAGGGCUGGGUUUGGGCCUAAUCCUCAGCUAAAGCUUUGCUACCACCAGCCUCAGGAAAGGUGGUGAGGCACAGCGAGGAGUGACAGAGGGGAGACUGGCCUCAAUGUCCCCUUGCCCACUGUCUUAUUCCCCCCUUCAGUCUGUCUGGCCUUUGCCUUAUGGAUCUACGCAGAAGCCCCGGGACAGUCUGUCCCUCUGCCUAUAACAAUAUGGUUUAAGGAGACCUUGGGGGUUGGGAGUUGAGAGCACCCCGCACGCUUACACAUGUCCCCCCUGAGAAGGGGAAACCGGGGGGACCCUGAGGCCUGUCUGUGCCUUCGUCACUUCAGCUGUGAGCCAAAUGUGUCUCUUUCCUGGAGGGAGGAGGCUUCUGACCAGGUAGGGACCUGGCUGCUUUCUUUCCUUAUUCCUCCAGCUCAGGCACGUGUGCCAACACAAUGAUGCCUCUGCCACUGGUGUGUGUGGGGGGGGGGGGGGGGGCAGCAGGGGCUUCAGCUUGGGUCCUGCCCUAACAGCCCCACAGCCCCUGGGCCAGCUCUGAAGCUGGCCCAGCCUACCCUGCUCAGAACUUGAGCAUGGACGACAACGGAUGGGAGAUGGUGGCUUCCUGAGGUGUAUGCAGACUCCCAAGUCAGGGGCAGCUUGUGUUUCCGAGACGAAGAGGGGAGACCUGUGCCCAGUCUCCCAGGGAAGGCAGAACACCCAGUCAUAUGGUGGCCCUGGGUUUUACAAGCCAGUGCCCUUGGGUCUCAUCCGAGAAUAAGAGACUACGAAUGAACCUACAUCACAGGGUUGUUGCCAGGACUGGAGCCAAAGCCUUUUAAGCCCGUGGUGUUCCUUGAAGAGCGGUUACUUUGAUCAUCAGGCUGGAAAGGUGCAGCAUGAGGCUGACUCGCCGGGGAGCCAGGUGGGCUUCCCAGGGGCAGCACUGACUUGAUCUUGACUCUGCCCCGAUUCAGGACUGGAAGAGGAGGGGUUGGUCACCCGCCUUCCCCCGUGAACCUCUUUCUUCCCCUCUGUGAAAUAACCUCUUUGUGCCUUUCAAGUAUGGCCAUCCGGGCUUACCUGUGAUCUAGGUCAGUAGGUUCUUCAUCCCCUCAAAAUCCGUGGGAAGUCAUGUGGCUCGGAAGUGUGGUGGGGGGGGGGGGGUACUGCGGAUGGCUGUGUUCUAUUCUACUCCAAUCUCUGGAGAAGCAAACCCCCUCUCCCCUGCAGCCACUGCAGGCCCCAGGAACCUGGAUCUUGACCUCUACUGGGUGUCAAAUCCUUACAGCCCUCUCAAGAGAGGGUAUUUGUGGUAUUACACUUGUACAGAUGGGAAAACCAAA